AUGGAUGCCAUCGACAUUGGGCUGCAAGACGACCGAAUUCACGUUCAAGAUGUUAGUAUUGUAGAGACUACUAACUGGAAUUCACCAAAUAAUGAAAUUGUUAAUAAUCCUACGCUUCUGUAUAUCGCAGUUGAGUAUGUCAAAGAUGUUCCCGAUGUGGGAGCCUCACAAGACGAAGUUUACGCAGAAUUUAACUCUCGCGUUAGUCCAUUAGAUCCGAACAUGAGUUCAGUCGCUAGGUACAGCCCUAUUUACAAUGAUACCUCUGCAGAAUACAAUCCAGUAGUAAUACAUCAACUCGUAUCGGAAGAUGGAACAGUUCAAAACGAUCAAUAUAUUAGUAAUUUAAAUGCAACUCCUCUUAGCAACAUGCCAACUGUACUAACUAACAAUGAUGUGAGAGAAGAAGUAACCAGCAAGUAUUUACAAAUGGUCGAACAAACCGAAUCUUCCAUCGUUGAUGCUAAUACGGAAGCUUUACAGUUAAUACCUGAAGGAGAACAGAAAGUAGAACUCUUAAUUACAGAUGAGGCAACAGGUAUUUCAUACAGUGUAGACGCACAAGAACUGUUGGUCGAACCUUGCUUGCAAGACGAUGAGCGUUUAUUGAAAACUUUAGCUCCUGAUCCGAUUUUAGAGUCGGAUUUACUUACAUUAGAUGAGAAGAUAUUAAAAACGGAAUUGAACGACGAUUUGGGCGAUUGUUCUAGCGAAAUGGAAUCAUUCCAAUCCCAAGCCAUCAAUAAUUACAUUAAUAGGAUAUGCGAAAAUAAAAUUACUAAACAGAGUAGUACUACUGUAGCUAAAGGCCCUACUACACGACAUGGUCGAAGGAUCGGUGGAGAACCCGAAGAUCACAUACUGCCUUGCGUUUAUAGUAUAACGGACAAACCGAUUUUAUCUAGAGCUAAAGCGACUCUUCCUGAAUCUUAUUUAUCUUUCGGAAUGUCCGACGGAGAAACUACUGUUAUUGCUAAAAAAAUUAUACCGAAACGAUCUCAAUUUGGGCCAUUAGAAGGUGUCCUGGUUACUGUAAAAGACGAUCCUAAUAUACUAAAGAAGUUGGAGGAAAAUAAAUUGGUGUUUUUAGUGGAAAAAGAUGAGAAUCUCUGUAGAAUCGACGUAACUGAUGAAAAUCUUUCCAACUGGAUGAUGUUUGUUAGAAAAGCGACGAAUUUUGAAGAACAAAAUUUAGUCAUAACCCAAGAAAAUGAUGCCAUUUACUUUGUUACAACUACUAACAUUGCACCCAAACAAGAACUAAAAGUGUGGUACAGUAACGCUUAUGGUGAAUAUUACAACCUGCCUGUAUUCCAACCUGCCAAGCAGCUAAAUUGGCCCUGUUUCGAGUGCUCGUUGAAAUUCGAGACGUCCGAUGAGCUACAGAACCAUUUGAAUGCUCACGAUAAAAGUUCAGACGAAAAUGCCAAGCCGAAGAAAAAGAAUAUAAGCAAAUCUAAAAGGAAGUUGAACAAGAAGAGCGAAGGCGCCGUCGAAUGCCAAUUGUGUCGAGAAACGUUUCUGAAAUACAAUUACAAUUCGUUGAAAUUACACAUAACGCAAAAGCACGGAAACGUCAAAGGAACCGUCGAGGAAUAUUUUACUACCAUAAAUUUUUUCAAAUGCGACACGUGCAACGUGAACUUCAAGUCCGAAACGUUGUUGAAGAUACACAAUUUCAAACACAAUCCGGACACUUCGGACGAGCAAAGGAACCACAUUUGUCCCGAUUGCCAGAAAAAGUACCCGACGCAACGGCAACUCGUCCUGCACGUGUCCCAGCAGCACGUCUUCAUCACCGACGAACGACCGCCUAAAAUCAAAUGCUCCGUUUGCCACAAAUGUUUUUCGCAACAAGAACGUCUAUUGAAACACAUGGAAAUUCACGGUUCCGAUGACAAAAAACCACUGAAAUGUGAUAUUUGCAACAAAAGAUUUUUGAAUAAUUCCGCACUGGCGUGCCAUUCCAAAACCCACUUUGCCGAAAAGAAACCUUUCGAGUGUCCCAUAUGCAAGGAAGCAUUUAAUUAUCUGCUGAAUCUAAAGCAACACGUUCCCAUCCAUUGCGAGAAUAACUGCUACACCUGUCCUCAUUGCAAUAAGAAGUUUCCCAAAUACAGUAUUAUCCGGAAGCACAUCCGGGCAUUCCACAGCGAACGAACGCACCAAUGCACCGAUUGUUCGAAGAUAUUCCACACGCUGGACAAAUUGCGGACUCAUCUAUUGAAACACUCCGAUCACAGGGAAUUCUUGUGCGCCAUUUGCGGCAAGCAAUUCAAAAGAAAGGACAAACUCAACGAGCACUGCAAGAAAGUGCACUCGGAAGAAAGGGAGAACACCGUACCGAACGUGCAACAGAAAAUGAAGAAAUUCAUGCCGAAAGUGGAACCCACCGAUUUCCACCGGUUCAUUUACAAAUGCCACAAUUGCAUGGUCGGGUUCAAACGUAGAGGAAUGUUAGUGAACCAUUUGGCCAAGCGACAUCCGGACAUCCCUCCGGACUCCGUUCCCGAAUUGAACCUGCCGAUACUGCAGACGACGCGCGACUACUACUGCCAGUACUGCGACAAGGUGUACAAGAGCAGCUCGAAGAGGAAGGCGCACAUACUGAAGAACCACCCGGGCGCCGCGCUGCCGGCCAGCAACCGCAAGCAGGGCGGCGCCGGCGCCAUGCAGGAGGUGUCGGGCCUGCCGAAUCCCACGUUCUCGCAGACGGUGGGCAGCGUGACGACGCGCCCGCAGAACUGCACGUGGUGCCACAAGCAGUACGCCAGCAAGGCGAAGUUGCUGCAGCACCAGCGGAAGAAGCACCGCGAGCUGCUGGCCAGCGAGGCGACGGCGGCCGAUUCGGCGGAGGAGCGACUGAACGAGGCGGUCGAUAAAACGGAAGAGAAGGCGGCGAACGGCGAGGCGACCGCCGAGGAGUUCGACGAGGCGGUGGAGAAGAUGAUCGGCGACGAAUUGGGCGCGUACGAUUUGGAGGAGGAGUCGCAGUAUUGUCACUUGUCGAUGAACGAAAACGAGCAUUUUAUUGAAACUAACGAUUUGGAAAAUCCUAAUUCUCAGUUGUAUCGCUUGCUGACGACAAAUAACGGAAUGAUGCCGGCGCGUUGA